UGAACAUACAAAUGCAAGCUCUACAAACAUUCAAAAAAUAAAAGGAAGAAGAAGAACAAUACCCUCUUCUUCUUUGUCACAAAUAAAUAAAAUUCCCCCAAAAACAAAAUAAAAGAAUAUUUCAAAAAAAAAUAUAUAUAUAAAAAGGGGAACAACAUGGAGAGAACUAGUUUAAUGAUUGUGGCUUUGUUGGUUAGUCUCUCAGUAGUUGCGGUGAAAGCCGAGGAUCCUUAUGUGUUCUACGAAUGGAAUGUUACUUAUGGAACGAUAUCUCCAUUGGGUGUGCCUCAACAGGCUAUCCUUAUCAAUGGACAGUUUCCAGGACCUAGGAUCAACUGUACCUCCAAUAACAAUAUUGUUGUCAAUGUGUUUAAUCAUCUUGACGAGCCAUUGCUCUUUACGUGGAAUGGUAUCCAGCAAAGGAAGAACUCGUGGCAGGAUGGUACCCCAGGAACCAUGUGUCCUAUCAUGCCGGGUACAAAUUUCACCUACCGUUUCCAGGUCAAGGACCAGAUCGGUAGCUUCUUCUACUUCCCAACAACAGACUUGCAUCGUGCUGCUGGUGGUUUUGGUCCUAUCAAUAUCCAUAGCCGUAACCUUAUCCCUAUUCCUUUCGCUAGACCUGCACCUUCCGAUGAAUAUGAUGUCUUCGUUGGUGAUUGGUACAACAAGGGUUAUAAGUCCUUGAAGAAGAUCUUGGAUGAGGGACGUACUUUUGGCAGGCCUGAUGGCAUCCACAUUAAUGGAAAGUCACUCAAGGUUGGCGAUAAGGAUGCGCAGCCGCUCUUUACUGUGGAGGCUGGUAAGACUUAUAGGUACAGAUUCUGCAAUGCCGGUUUGAGGACAUCAGUUAAUGUCAGGUUUCAAGGUCACCCCAUGAAGUUGGUGGAAAUCGAGGGAUCGCACACUGUGCAAAACGUCUAUGAGUCCCUUGAUCUACAUGUUGGUCAAUGCGCUUCCGUGUUGGUCACUGCUGAUCAAGAGGCUAAAGACUAUUACUUGGUCGCGUCUAGCAGGUUCUUGAAGAAUGAAAAAUUCUCUACCGUGGCUAUCAUCCGAUAUGCCAAUGGCAAGGGACCGGCAUCCUCUGACCUCCCAGCACCUCCACCAGAAAACACACAAGGCAUUGCCUGGUCCAUGAACCAGUUCCGCUCAUACAGGUGGAACCUUACUGCUAGCGCUGCCCGCCCCAACCCUCAAGGAUCCUACCACUACGGAAAGAUCAACAUCACCCGCACUUUGAAGAUUGUCAACACUAGGAGUCAAGUAGAUGGAAAGCUAAGAUUUUCCUUGAACGGUAUCUCCCACGCAAAUUCAAGUGUUGUUGAUUAUUUUGCUUGA